AGAAAGAGGAACAGAACUCCAUCCCUAGCAAAACCAUAACAGAGAAGAAGAGAAAAACAGAGCAGAGGGAUCAGAGCGGAGAUGUCGAAGGAAGUGAGCGAGGAAGGGCAGAGGCACCACCAUGGCAAGGACUACGUCGACCCGCCGCCGGCUCCCCUGUUGGACAUGGCCGAGCUCAAGCUCUGGUCUUUCUACCGGGCCCUCAUUGCCGAGUUCAUCGCCACCCUCCUCUUCCUCUACGUCACCGUCGCCACCGUCAUCGGCCACAAGAAGCAGACCGACCCUUGCGGCGGCGUCGGCCUCCUCGGCAUCGCCUGGGCCUUCGGUGGCAUGAUCUUCAUCCUCGUCUACUGCACCGCCGGCAUCUCCGGUGGGCACAUUAACCCGGCAGUGACGUUCGGGCUAUUCCUGGCUCGCAAGGUGAGCCUGAUCCGGGCGGUAGCGUACAUGGUAGCCCAGUGCCUCGGUGCCAUCUGCGGCGUCGGGCUAGUGAAGGCCUUCAUGAAGCCCUACUACAACAGACUCGGCGGUGGGGCCAACGAGGUGGCCGCUGGAUACAGCACUGGCACUGCCCUUGGGGCCGAGAUUAUCGGCACCUUCGUCCUUGUCUACACCGUCUUCUCCGCCACCGACCCCAAACGGUCCGCCCGUGACUCACACGUCCCGGUGUUGGCUCCUCUUCCGAUCGGAUUUGCAGUGUUCAUGGUCCACUUGGCCACUAUCCCCAUCACCGGGACCGGAAUCAACCCUGCCCGGAGCUUCGGCGCAACCGUCAUCUACAACAACGGCAAAGCUUGGGAUGACCAGUGGAUCUUCUGGGUCGGGCCGUUCGUGGGAGCUCUUGCGGCGGCGGCGUACCACCAGUACAUCCUCAGAGCGGCCGCCAUCAAAGCCCUGGGAUCCUUCCGCAGCAACCCCACCAACUAAGAUUUAAGCCUCAAAAUUCCCCAAGAAAAGGAAGAACUCUUUGUUUGUUUGUGCGUAUGGAUGGAUGAUGAUGACGACGGAGAGGAGGAAGGAGAAGAAGACUGACCCCUUGUGUUAAUUUGGAGAUAUCCUUGCUGAUGAAUGAAUGAAUGAAUAUUUAUUCAGUCUCUGGACCUUUCUUCUUUGGUUGUAUUUAUGUCUUAUUAUUAUUAUUCUUCAUGAGAUGAUCAGUAGUGGACUUGGGGUGCUGCUCUUGCUUUGCUUUU